GUUCUAUGGAAUGCUGAUAACGCGUUGCCUGCUUUUUCAAUUUUUAUAGUUUUUUCUUCACAGUCAUCAUAAACCUCCGAAAUUUUUUUUCACAACUCGCUGAAUUGCGAUUAUUACCUACCUCCGUACCCGUCCUUUCUUUUGUAAUUAGAUUUUUCCAUUUCUGACAAAAUGAAUUCUAGACUAUUAUCCUUGAGCUCAAAGAUAAUUUUUAGGAGUCCAAGUAGAAUGUUCGCUGCCUCUUCCGCGAAAUUCACCAAAGUCAAUGAUGAAGGAUUUCCUGAUCCUUUGGAUUUAGCUACUGGUAUUGAAAAAAAAGAAAUGCUCUGCCGUCUAGCUGGGAAUGAUGAUCCAUACAAUUUGAAAGCUAUAAAACGUGGCGUGAGUACCUGUGAUAAACCCACUUUAGUUCCAUCUGCCUUUGAAGCAAGAAUUAUUGGCUGUGUAUGUGAAGAAGACGCGUCUCAUGUCAAAUGGAUGUGGCUGUAUUCAGGAGAACCCAAACGCUGUUACUGUGGCCAUUGGUAUAAAUUAGUGUUCAAGGAAGCACUUGUAUGAAUAAUAAAUGUUUGUUAUAACAAUCAUAUGAUAUGUUUAGUCCUGUUCCAAAUGAUAUAUUUUUUGUUUGUUAAAUUGUUUUGUUGUUAAAAAGUCCAUCUUUGGAAUCAGUAACAGUUAAUUGUUAUUAAAUUGUUUAGCUAAAAUAAGUAAGGCUUAUGAAAAUCAAUAUAUUUUAGUACUUAAGGACUGUUUAUAUUGUUAAUUCGACAAACCCUGUCAUUUGUAGUUUUGCUAAAAUAUUCAAUAUAAUUGUUAUAUUUGAUUAAAAACAGUUUUUUUAUUGUA